GGACCGGGCGGAGGGGACGCGCGGAGGAGCCCGUUCCUCCCGCCGGCCGCCUCCUCCGAGAGAGAGAGGACGAGAGAGCCAAGGCCUGAGGCCCUGUUGAUAACCGCCCUGAGGGGGAGGGGCUUGCGGCCUUCCUUCACACCAAACCAACCAACCAUCACCAGGAAGGGAAGGGGCGGGGCUUAAAGGGGCGCCUGCGCAGUAGCCCUCAAGCGCCCCAGGCUGCCAGGUGUCAGAGGCCACGGGGAUGGGCGGAAGAGAUCCUUUUUGGCCCUUGCAGCCGGAGAUCAACACUAGGAGGGGGAGACUAGACCAGGAACCUGCAUGCCUUUUCUGCUCAAGGCGCUUCUCUUACAGACCAUCAGGACCCUCAGCAGAAGUGAGAAAUUGUUCUUGCUGUCGACACAGACAACUCAAGCUCACGCUGACCGCAGCUUCCAGAAGACCGUUGCCUUCCACAGGUGGAGAAAUACUGCUCUGUCUUUGGCUAGCCGGCAGUACCAGCCGUGCACCUGUGGCUUUGUCCUUCCAGCACCUCCGUUCGUUUGGCAUCUGAAGCCCCUGUGCACAGCCUCCGAGAUGGCGGAGCAGCGCUACUGCGUGGACUACGCCAAGCGAGGCACGGCGGGCUGCAAGAAGUGCAAGGAGAAAAUCCUCAAAGGGAUGGUGCGCAUAGGAAAGGUGGUGCCCAACCCCUUCACGGAAUCCGGCGGGGACAUGAAAGAGUGGUACCAUGUCAAGUGCAUAUUCGAAAAGCUGGAGAGGGCUCGGACGACGACCAAGAGGAUUGAGGACCUCACCGACUUGGAAGGCUGGGAGGAGCUGCAGGAUGGCGAGAAGGAGCUGAUCAGCCAGCAUAUCUCAGAUGUUACUUCCAAACCGGCAAACACGCCAAAGAAAAAGGCAACCGUCCAGGCAAAGAUUUCUCCCAGUGGGCAAAUAACCUCUCCCAAGAAAACACCGGCGCCUUCUUCUGAUCCAUCGCCAAAGAAAUUUUCGGGGUUUACAGCUAAGCCAGGCAAUUCUGAAGAAGCCGCCUCCGGAUCUCCCCGCAAGCCCAGCUUAUCCGUCGAGAAGAGUGACCCAAAGCACAAGGACUGUUUGCUGCGGGAAUUCAGGAAGCUUUGUGCUAUGGUGGCCGACAAGCCCAGUUACAAUGUCAAGACCCAGAUCAUCCAGGACUUCCUGCAGAAGGGAACCAGUGGAGACGGCUUUCGUGGGGAUCUCUACCUGACGGUGAAGCUGCUCUUGCCGGGGGUGAUUAAGAGCGUUUAUAACUUGAACGACAAGCAGAUUGUCAAGCUGUUCGGCAGGAUAUUCAGCUGCAGCCAGGAAGACAUGGUCCGAGACCUGGAACAGGGGGAUGUGUCCGAAACGGUGCGGAUCUUCUUUGAGCAGAGCAAAGCCUGCCCCCCUGCUGCCAAGAGCCUCUUGAUGAUCCAAGAGGUGGAUGAGUUCCUAACGCAGCUCUCCAAGCUUUCCAAAGAGGACGACCAGCAAAACUUGCUGCAGGAUAUUGCAAAGAGGUGCACCGCCAAUGACCUGAAGUGCAUCAUCAGGCUGAUCAAACACGACUUGAAAAUGAACGCUGGCGCCAAGCAUGUCUUGGAUGCUUUGGACCCAAAUGCUUACGAGGCUUUCAAAGCAUCGCGCAACCUUCACGAUGUGGUGGAGAGAGUGCUGAGGAACCAACAAGAGUCCCAGAAGGUGCCCGGCCUGAAGAGAACCCUCAGUGUCCAGGCCACGCUGAUGACCCCCGUUCAACCUAUGCUGGCUGAAGCCUGUAAGUCCAUCGAGUACGCCAUGAAGAAAUGCCCAAACGGAAUGUAUGCGGAGAUCAAGUAUGACGGAGAGCGCGUCCAGGUGCACAAGAAAGGCGAUCACUUCAACUACUUCAGCCGCAGCUUGAAACCUGUCCUUCCACACAAGGUGGCCCAUUUUAAGGACUUCAUCCCCAAGGCUUUCCCAGGAGGGCACAGCAUGAUCCUGGACGCAGAAGUCCUUCUGAUCGACACCAAGAUAGGGAAGCCGCUGCCUUUCGGAACUCUUGGAGUGCAUAAGAAAGCCGCUUUCCAGGACGCCAACGUCUGCCUCUUCGUCUUUGACUGCAUCUACUUCAACGACGUCAGCUUGAUGGACAGGCCCCUCCGAGAGCGCCGCAAAUUCCUCCACGAUAACAUGGUGGAAAUCCCCAACCGGAUCCUCUUUUCGGAGAUGAAGCACGUCACGAAAGCUUCAGACCUUGCCGAUAUGAUCAAUCGGGUCAUCCGUGAGGGACUAGAGGGAUUGGUACUGAAAGACUUAAAGAGCAUCUAUGAGCCAGGAAAACGCCAUUGGCUCAAAGUAAAGAAGGACUACCUGAACGAGGGGGCAAUGGCCGAUACAGCAGAUCUGGUGGUCUUGGGGGCCUUCUACGGCCAAGGGAGCAAAGGUGGCAUGAUGUCCAUCUUCCUCAUGGGCUGCUAUGACCCUGACAGCCAGAAGUGGUGCACGGUGACCAAAUGCGCCGGCGGGCACGACGAUGCCACCCUUGCCCGGCUGCAGAAGGAGCUGGACAUGGUGAAGAUCAGCAAGGAUCCCAGUAAAAUUCCAAGUUGGCUAAAGAUAAAUAAGAAUUAUUACCCAGACUUCAUCGUUCCCGAUCCAAAGGAGGCACCCGUCUGGGAGGUCACAGGGGCCGAGUUCUCCAAAGCAGAGGCCCACACCGCCGACGGGAUCUCCAUCCGCUUCCCACGCUGCACUCGGAUCCGUGACGACAAGGACUGGGCGUCGGCCACCACCCUCCCGCAACUCCGGGAGCUGUACCAGUUGUCCAAAGAGAAGUCCGAGUUCACUGUGGUCGCCACAGAGGAGGAGAACUCCACGGCCGGCAGCAGCGGAGAGCCCGAAGGCCAGUCGAGGUCUUCCACCCCUCACAAGGCCGCGAAGCAGCCCUCCGGCAAGUCCCCAGCGAAACUGAAGAAGCCUGAAGCCAGCAAACCCGUCGAAAGGUCCCCGCUGAAGAAAGCCAAGGAGAAGCGAGGCGAGAAAAGGAAAGCGUCUGAGCUGGAGGGAGAGAAGGGAAAGCAGAUGCUGCUGGAUAUAUUCACUGGGGUGAAGCUGUACCUGCCUUCGUCCGUGGAAGGCUUCAGCAAAAUCAGGCGGUAUUUCGUAGCCUACGACGGAGACCUAGUCCAAGAGUUUGACACCACCUCGGCGACGCACGUGAUGGGAACCAUGGAGGAGAAUCUGGCUGCCAAGCAGGUCUCCCCGGACUGGAUCUGGGAAUGCAUUCGGAAAAGGAGGCUCGUGGCCCCUUGCUAGAUGGUGUUCAACCUGGUGCCGAGGCAGAGAACAGACAUUGGAAACAAGGACUUCUUGUCUGUUCUAGCUUGCAGUGGCUUCUGAGGACUUAACUAUGUUUUUAAAAAAUGUUUGAGAAUGAAAUUAGUAGCUCUGAAAAACUGACAUCACGGAAAUCAAUUUAAACAGCACCUCAUAGAGCUAAUCUCAUGGUCAUAUUUUUAUGAAUAAAUGGAAAUAAUGCCCCUUCUGCAAAAAAAGCAUCCCAGUAUUGAGUCUAAAACUCUCUCCUGAGCCAAAUACAGCGAUUACACACUUGAACUCUAAAGAUGUUACCGACAGUUGGCAUAGAGUAAACUUGUGUGUGUGUCUGCCCUGGGCACAGACUGAACUCCCCCAAGGUGUUACUCAACCUAGCUGAGGCUGAUGGGAGUUGUAGUCCAAACCAGUUGAAAGACACCAGGUAGCCAAAGGAGGUGCUGGACCUUAUUAAUGCAACAGGAGGGAUUUCUGUCCAUCGAAUACCAGCCAGAAACAAUAUGGGCAGUGCAUGUAACUCAGAUUGUCAAACAUCUUGUACCAAAAAUUUACUGGGAGGGUUGAGGCAAAGGAACGUGUUCUCACUUGAAACAAAGACAAGCUGCUUUUUAUAAGACAUUUUCAUUUUAUUACAAAAUUAUAAGGCAGGAUUUGGUUCUACCAUCUGUAAGAAACUGUGUGUGGGUCAACAAGCCUCAAUAGUACAUUUACUUUCACACUGGUCAAACAAAGCAAACAUUUGCUAUAUUAGAAAAAAAAAUUGGGAAGAAUUUUAUCUUCCACAGUUUAGUGCAGCAGCUCCCUGUCAAGUCACAAACCAGCAUCAUUUUACUAAAUGAUCAGUUCACAGCCCAGAAAGAAUACUCAACUUUGCAAUAAA